UAUUCUAUUAUCACCCUCGCUGCCUCCUUCCGUCCUUGGGUGCUCCAGUCGUUCUCCUUCCCCACGCGCGUUCAUCCGUCGCCGCCGCGUCCAACCACGACCAGAGCAACGUGGGGACGCCAAGGCGUGAGCAAUGGCGGCGGGGGACGAGGAGCUGGAGUCGCUGCUCCGGAACUUCCACCGCUUCUCCCAGGGUUAUAAAGAUGCACUAAUGGAGGCCCAGGCUUUAAGGGUGGAUUGCAACUCUGAAUCCAAGAAGCGUGAAGCUCUUGAGUCGCAUAUUGCAGAUCUCAAUAGAGAUAAUGAGCGAUUAAGAAGGCUGUACACUGAAACUUUAUUCAAGUUCACCAACAAGAUGAAAUUUCACACAGAAUCUCAAAAUCUUAAGGAAGAAUUGGGGAAAGCAAAUAGCAGGUUGCUAUCCAUGGAAGAGGAGCAUAAGAGGGAAAUCGAACAACUUAAGCAUGCCAAUGAAAUGAGCUGCAAUACCCUGGAGAGCAAGCUCAGUUGUGCCCUUGUUCAGCAAGCUACCGAUGAAGCUGUGAUAAACCAACUCAAGUCGGACCUGGGAGCUCAUAAAGCGCAGGUCGACAUGUUAAAUAGCAGGUUGGAGCAGGUCACUGCUGAAGUGCAUAUGCAGUAUAAAAACGAUCUGCAGGAUUUGAACGAUGUGAUUAUGCUGGAACAGGAGGAGAAAAAUGGCAUGCAAAGGAAGCUUAAAAAGGCAGAAGACGAGUUGAGGGUCCUGAAGAUGAAGCAGGCAGAGCAGCAAAGGGACUCGGUGUCGGUCCAGCACGUGGAGACGCUGAAGCAGAAGGUCAUGAAGCUGCGGAAGGAGAACGAGUCCCUGAAGCGGAGGCUGGCGAGCUCCGAACUCGACUGCUCCUGAGAGCCCGCCGCCGCUCCCCUGCUCCCAGGUUCCGAACCCUUCGCCGUCAUCGUCGUAGCCAUGUACAUUCUCACACACGACAUCUCACCAUCAGAGCUUCUUUCUUUGUUGAGAAGAAAACAUCACACGGUCACUCAUACCAUCAGAGGUUAUAUACAGUUAUUGGUCUUGUGAUUACUAAAUGAAAUGUAUGUUUUGGAAAGAGCUA